AUGACUCGCUUUGAGGAAACGUAUAUGAAAUCAGGGGCAUCAGUGUUUCUGACACCAUUGCCACCCCACUUGAGAUACUCCCAGGACCUCAGGUGCUGGCAGCAUAGACAAGAAGUAAACGCAUCUGGCCUUAGGGGAGAAGAGAAGAAAGAAAAUGGGGUGGCCUUUCUGGCUACCACAGAGCUGCCUGCAAGAUCAGUCGAUCUGUCCACACUUAACCUGACAGAGCUCAUGAAUGGGAUGCUGAGUAGAGCUUUAAAAGAUAGCAAGAAGUUCUUCUCUUUGCUGAGCAUUACUUCCUACAGUUCCUUUGCCUUCCACAAGUUUUCUGUGGCCAUUUACAACAUUUCUAACCUGAAGACAGUAGACCCGGGCAAAUUCCCCACAAGGUACUGCUACUGUUUAAACAAUCGGACCAAUGACCUUUCAGAUUUUACAGCCCUACUAGUGGAUAUCAUUGGAAAUUCUACCAGCUACCUCACAGAGAUUUUUAAGUCGACCUCCAUCCUCUCAGUGAGUCAAACCAAUGAAUGUGACUGCAUCUUCAUCUGUGUGAUGACAGGAAAGUCAGGAAGGAAUCUUUCUGACUUCUGGGAGAUGGCAGAGAAAUCCCCUGUUAUCAAUUACACAUUUACCAGCAGCAUGUCUGGUGUUCUGGGUGCAGCUACUGGGAGAAUGGCUGGGACUUCCGAGCCCACGACCAAGAGUCGGCAAACACUACCAAGUAUAAGCCCUCCACACUGGGCCCAGAGCACACACUGGGCAUCUGCUCUGAGAACCUCUCCCUGGACAGAGACAACUCAUCCCUCGGAGGGAGAGGAGACGGUGAACCCAAGCAGGAUCCCUGAGCUUCCUGCCUGGACCAUGGCCACACAGGGCAGUACCUCUCACACCCUCCCAGCCUCUGCUACUAGGAGGGUGGCCGGAACUCUGUGGGUGACAGCCAACAGACGGACACGGGCCUCCACAUUACCCAUUCCCUGGGCUCAGAGCACCAAUGAGAAAACACCCGGAGGGCCUCCCUGGGAAACGCGUGUCUCCACACCAGCAUCUGCUGCAGGGGCCGAGGAGGCCACAGACACAAAGAGCCUUUGGGGGCCUCCUGUCGGGAUGACGGUGGUGCCCGGCAGCCCAUCCCAGACCAGCCCAACCGCAGGAACAUUCACCCCCAGCACACAGACUUCUAGUCCAACCAAGGCACCGGCUCCCAAAGAUCCACACACAGGUAAUCUUCCUGCGGAGUGGCCAUUCACCCCUGGAAAAGAACCAGCCCUGGUUGCAAGACCCCAGCAAGUUUCAAGGUGUCCUCAACCACUCCUCAAAGAAGGAGCUAUGACAGCUGUUCCUCUCACCCUGACCAUCCAGAAGCUCAACCCGUGCCUGAUGGAGCUGUGCCGCUUCUUCCAGCAAUGCCUCUGCAUGAACCAUAGGGAGAAUCCCAGGACAGAGGCCAUAAGGUACUGUCUUGAAUACUAUUCCUGGUUUCUGAAGAAUGCAACAUAUAUCUGUCAGAGGGUGACAAGGGUGUCCCACUCACACACCUUAAAGCAAAAAUGCCUUGAGAAUAUCUGCAAGUCUGUGUGA